AUGGUCGGGUACUGGGAGCACUCGCUGAAGAACCUGUCUAGCCAGCAGCGCACCGUGUUCACCGUGUUUGCGAUCCUCGUGAUGGUGAUUGCCGUUUUCGGCAACGUGGUCACGAUCAUCACGAAUGUGCGCCGGGAGCAGCGCCAUUUAUUUCGGGUCUGUCUGCUGUCGCUGGCGUUCUCCGACAUUGCGUUCGUGACCGUCACGUCGAUCGUCUAUCUGUCGCAGUUUAAUACGGAAUUCAACUCCCUCUGGACACUCGGUGAGAUGAUGUGCACGUUCUCCCCGUUCGUGCAAACGGUGGCCGUGCUCGUGAACAGCAUCACGCUAGUAGCGAUCGCCCUCGACCGCUACAUGGCGCUGCUGAGGCUAGCGAAAGGCUCCUGGGAACCGAGCGGGUGGUUCUGUGCCACCUGCGCCGUCCUUAUCUGGGGCUUGGGGGCCGGCAUUUCCAGCCCGAUGCUGACGCUGUACCAGGUGUUUGACAUCAUCGUCCUCACGGCGGACUCGUCGGCGACGGCGGCGACCCAACCGAACCAACCGCCCAUCAGCGGGUACUACCUGGCGGAGAUUUGUGCCACGGACAAGAGCAAAAACAGCUACUACUUUGCGAUCGUGUUCGCGGUCAUCUUCGUGCCGCUCCUGUGCGCCUUCUGCUGGCUGAACGGGGUCAUUGCGCGGGAGUUCUGGAAGCGCCGCAAUCCGGUCGCCGCCGCCCCGAAGCAGCGCCCGAAACCGACGUCGACCUCCGGAACGGAGCGGAACACGACGGUCACCACCAACACGGCCGUCGAACGGCGCAGUCCGGCAGUCCCGAAAUGUACCUGUCCCCACCACCAAGCCGGAGCGGGGCCCCCGGAACGCGCGGGGGAGCACAGAAACGAAAACACCGUGAACCGCCGGAAGCGGCAACUGCGAAUGUUCAAAGCGAUCGUCGCACUGAUGCUGGUGUUCUUCGUGUGCCGGCUGCCGAUGUGGAUCUUCCUGCUCAUCAAAAUGAUGGGCGACGCCAGCUCGAACGCCUUCUGGAGCCUGCACUACUCUUUCGGGCUGUUGGCGAUGCUGAACGGAGUGCUGAACCCGCUGAUGUACACGUUCCUGGGCGAAACGAUUCGCUUCACGCUCUUCGUCAAGGCUUACUGCGUGCGUGUUUGGAUGAAACCGUGCCGCGCCGGCAGCGGGGGCACAGCGUCCCCGGCCAGACGAGCUGCGGCAAAGGAACGGGACAGUAACGAGGGUUCCGGGCUUCCGGGCGAUGCCGAUGGCGGUAUCUACAUGGGGUGA